CUGCCAAAUCAAAAAUCUCCUGAGAAUUGUUUGAGCUUUUCCAUAGUUAGGGUUUUCUGGGUUAAAGACUACCAGGCCAAUUUCAACCCUAGGAUUAAAAGAGAGACAAAGCUAAAAGGUAGUGUUGUGGUGGGCUGUAAAAGGGCUAGCAAGGGCAGGUUUGUGCAUCACAAAGAACUCUCCCCAAAGAGUGUCAGUGCCUUGGCCAGGAUUUCUGAUCUUUUGCUAAGGUCAGCACACAGCUUAAAUUAGGACUAUCACUUGUAAGUGAUAAGGCCAGCUGGAGGUGUUUCCUGUGGAGGUUGAUAAGGGUUUGCAGUGGGAGGGAUUGGGAAAAACAAAGUUCUUGCUGUGAAGACAGUUAGUGUUAAAAGAGAUUGAACUGAGGAUAAAUAGUGUAACAGAUGCUUAGCUUUUGUUGUUGUUCGCUCUUUAGGAUUUUUCCCUGUGUCAUACCUACAUCUGUUUUUCAAAAUAGCUACAGUUUUCAAUGAAGGACUUGAAAUAACCUAGUGUUUUACAAAUCAGCAAUGGCCCUAUGAGACAAAUAUCUGUGCUUUGACAUGCUGAGAGCUAUUCUGCUUUUUUUCAUUGUGUGCAUUCUUCCAUCCUGACCCUGACUGUGAUCUCAGAGAGUUAACGUAUAGCAUAGAUUCCGUUGUAUAAGAAAAGAGCUUCAGCACCUUACUUUCGGUUUUAGUCAUUCUUGCAAAGAAUCAGGCUGCUUGUCAAGAGAUACUAAGAGCUGUGCAACAGGGAGUUUGAAAACUAGCGCUAGAGAUUUCACCUGAACUCCAAAAUAGGAUGGGAUUAGGACUCAUCAUGUACUUCUUGCCUUGAAAGAUAAUACUGUUUUAGAAUAAUUAUGGUACAAUUAUUAGAACAGUUUGUUAAGCUUUGUUAUUGGAACAACAAUGAAGAAACUGAACAAUGAAAGAAGUUUAUGAUCCUUAAUAGAAGCAGAUGGCUGAAUUUUGCCUCUAAAAACUAUAAAUAAUAUUUGUUUAUGUUGGAUAGAGAAGAAAAUUAUUUUCAGAAGCCAAUUCUGGAUACAGCAAUUCUUGUUACUGCUCCAAUACAGCAGUUAAAAUCUCUGUCAUGGAAAGGAAACAACGUUAAAGUUCCUGUUUGUUUUUGUUUGCAGUUGUCUGAAACUUCUUUAGAGCUGAAAUACUCCAGAUUUACAUACUAUCUGAAGUUAUUGCAGAGCAGUGCUGCGCAGAGCCAAGGACAUUACAGCUUCUGGUUCUGUCCUGCCAGUGAGGGGCUUUGGGGCACAAGGAGCUGGGAGGGAACAGAACCAGGACAGCUGACCUAAACUAGCCAAAGGGAUGUUCCUUACCAUUUGGCGUCAUGUGGAAUAAUAAAACCAGGGAGAAUUGGUCAGGAGGAGUGUUGCAGUGUUGGGACUGUCUAGGCAUCCGUCAUCUGGUGGGCAUGGCAUCAAGCGCCCAGGAGGAUCUGAAGCAGAGUGGCUCUGUGGCAGUGGGCAAUGCAAGGCAGCUACAGCAGGCAAGGCCACGUCAAGCAGCAGAUAACCAGUGUCCCAUCUGCUUGGACAUCGUCUGCCAUGCUGCCCACGUGCCCACCUGCUUUCACUGCUUUUGCUUUAGCUGUAUCUGGCAGUGGGCUGCCAUGAAUGCUGUGUGCCCAAUCUGCAGGCAGCCUUUUGACCGCAUCUUGUGUGCAAUGCAAGCAGCUGGUGACUAUGAGCAGUACAUGCUCAGCCCAUUCACCCAGCGCCAGAGGCAUGCAGCCAGAGAGAGGGUGUGGAACAGAUCCCCACAGCGGCACUACAACCUGCGCCUGCGCCACAGCAGCAAUCGGCCCAUGGUAAGGAGAAGGGAGCGUACAGCGGGCCAGCAAGUGCUACAGGUCAACACAGCUGCAGCGCCCUCCAGCACCUCUGUGCCUGGCACCUUUAGAGAGCCAACCCUGCCGAAUGCUGUGCAGCGCCCAGCGAGCCCUGUGGAUGGGCAUCCCAGAAACUUCAGCAUGAUGCUGCUGCGUGCUCGGCUGCUGCAUUUCCUUGACUUACAAUAAACAGCCAUAAGCACUUCAAAGAACAACUGUCUGCAGGAAAUGUUUUCUAGCUCUAUCUCAGCAAUGUACUUCUUGGAGUGUGUUGUGAUUUUGUUUCCCAGAAUUGCUGCAGCAGAGCUUGUUUUGCUCUUCUGCUCCCAGCCUCCCUUUUCUAAGCACUGGGAGAAUCACUGAGGCUUCUGAUCAUCAGCCAGGACACGUGUCCUGAAGACCUGCUAAUGCAGAUGUUGUAAAGAAUAGCCAUGCUAGCAGCCCUGUCCCUGGAUCCCUGGAGCUUUCCAGGAGCAGGCAGGAGGAAGCCCCAGGCCUCCUAGCAUACAGCUAGACAAACACAUAAUGCAGUGGAUGAACAAUUGGCCGAUGGAUCAAGCUCAAAGGAUGUUACAUCAGGCUGGCAGUCAGUCACUAGAGGGGUUCCCCAGUGCUCCAUUUUAUGGGCAGUUCUGUUUGAUGUUUCCAUAAAUGUCCUGGAUGCAAGAAUUGAAGAUAUACUGGGUAAGUUUGCAGAUGGCACUGAAUUGGGAGGAACUGUUGACUCUUGAGGGUAGAGGAGUCCUGCAGAGUUCUUGAUAGAUUGGAGGGCUAGGAAAUCACCAGCCUCAUGAAGUUUAACUAGAGCAAGUGCUGGAUUCUGCAGCUGGAUUGGGGCAGCCCUGGCUGUACGUACUGACUGGGAAACAAGAGACUGCAGAGCAGUCCUGCAGAGAGCAGUCUGGGGGUUCUGGCUGUCUGCAAGUUGAUCAUGAGCCAGCAGUGUGCCUAGGCAGCCAAAAGGGUCAGCCAUACCCUGGAGUUCAUGAGAGGGAAGGGAUUGUCCUGCUCUGUUCUGUGCUGUGUGACCUCACCUCAAGAACUGUGCAGUUUUGGGUGCAUGUUGUGAUUUAACACUGGCAGGCAGAUGCUGAUCACUCACUCUACCCAGUUAGGAUGGGGGACAGAAGAGAAAAAGUGCAAGAAAUCAUGGGUUGAGAUAAAAGCAGAUUAUUACAUAAAGCAAAAGCAACACGUGAAAGCAAAACAAAACAAGGAAUAAAUUUGCUACUUCCUAUCAGCAGCAAGAUGUUCAGGCACUUCAAGGAAAGCAGGGCUCAUUAUGUGUAGCAAUUUCUUGGGAAGAAAAAUGCCAUCACUCCAAAUGUCUCCCUUUCUCUUUUUCUCCAGCUCUUACUGCUGAGCAGGAUGCUAUGUGGCAUAGAAUAUCCCUUUGGCCAGUUUAGGUCAGCUGUCCUGGCUGUGUCCCCUCUCAGCUCUUUGUGUACACCCAGCUUCUCACUGAUAGGGUGGCACAAGAAACUGAAUAGUCCUUGAUUCAGUGUAAGCACUGUUCUGCCACAACUGAAAACAUUGGUGUGUUAUCAGCACUAUUUUCAUCAAAAAUGAUCACAGCAAUGUAUCAGCUACUAUGAAGAAAAUUAACUCUAUCCCAGCCAAAACCAUGGCAGUGCUACAAUAUAAGAAGGAAAUAAAAUACUAGAGAGCCUCCAAAAGAGGGCUAUGAAGAUAGUGAAAGGUCUGGAGAGCAAGAUGUAUGAGGAGUGGCUGAGGCCCCUGGGUAUGUGCAGCCCAGAGCAGAGCAGCUGAGGGGA